AUGAAGUGGACUGGCUGCUGUGUCCUGGUGAUCUGUUUUGUUUUCGGCAUCGUCUCAUCCACACUUGACCAUCCGCCCAACCUGCAGGCCCCGGAGUGCUUAUUUCGAGCCUGGGACGCCUGCAUGAUCAAGAUUCGUGAUCAUUUCUACCUUAAGGACUACAACAAAACAUGCACAAUUUGCGAAAGGCAUGAUGGCGAUUCUGCUCAUAUUAACUUUACCGCCGCGCCACUUUCAAAAUACGUCCCCUUCCCCGCUGCCCAGUGGCAGUGGAUCGCCCUACGAGGCGUUCACGUGGGCAAGCUGUCAUCGCAAACCCUGGAAAUAUUCAAUCCGCCCUCUUUGGUAAUCCUUGCGCUUAUAGAUGCAGGAAUACGUACGAUCGACAGCGAAGCAUUCGCCAAAUGUCCACACUUAGAAUCAGUGCAUUUGGAUUAUAACAUGUUGCCUGAGCUGAAACGCGCUUGGUUUACAGGUUUCCAUAGGUCGCAUAAAUUCAAUGUCGAUCUGUCCUUUUCCAAUAAUCGCAUUGCCACACUAGAGUGCGGCUGUUUUGAAGAAAUCGAGUAUCUUAAAGUGUUGGAUUUGUCAAGGAAUUUGCUGUCUGAAGUUUCAAGUGAGUGGUUCCGAGGGCUUUCCUUCCUAAACACGCUGGUCCUGAGUUACAACAAAAUCGAAGUUAUUUCUGAAAGUGCAUUUGAUUCCCUCCCUGCACUACUAGUCUUGAAUUUGACUGAAAACCCCUUGGUGUGUGUAGGCAAGCGGACACUUCGCGGACCGACAGUUAUUACUGUAGGGGGACGGCGUCGCUUUCUUUCGGAGCAAGACAAGAUGGACUGGAGCCUUACGGUGGACAAAACCAAUUUUCCUUGGAGGAAACAAGAGGUUCGCUUUCUCCUCCACAAUCUGCAAUUCUGUCUGACAUAUCAUGGAGCAAAUGCAUUCGAUCUUCGUUGGGGUUUUGUGGACACUGUUAAGAGUGAUAAGGCAGAACCGGGCUGCGAGUCAACUCUGUUUGGUCCCUUGAAAAUCCGAGCACCGUUUGUCAUAGCGAAAACUGCUUUGGAAACACAGGAAAAAGGCAACGGAACCACUUCAUACGACAUGUGCCCAGCAGCUUGGGGUAGACAGGAUGGUAUAUCCGUAGCUCUUGAGGGUGGGGCGACCUUGCAGCUAGUCGGUUUACCGGGCGAACCGAAGUUGUUAAAGAACAACGGCAGCACUGCCUUGGUGUGUAACGCUGAGCAAACCUUGGUGAGCAAAAAGUCAAAGCUAGGCGCAACCACUGGUCAUAUAAACCGUGUCAGUACUGGCAUGAUGAAUAUCUCCUGCUUUGUCUUUCAUCGAAACGGGACCAUGCUAGAGCCGAACAUUUUUAAAGACGUUCAGGGAGAAGUCGAUUCGAAAUGCCCCGCGAAAGAUACUCUAAAUGUAGAAUUAACGCCCACUGCCACACCGCCCUACUAUCAGAUCGCGGGCUCCGCCACUGAAAACGUUACAAUGUUGGCCAAUCUGGCCAAUGAGGACGUUGAAAACCUCACAAUGUCACAUCUUGACCAGUUAGCUACCUGUGUAGUGAAUCCGAAGUACCGAGGGUCCGACCUAGUGUUGGCUCGCCCUCCUCACGCUAACGGCGGGGACGAAACGGUUUCCGUCCACGAGUACUCGGAAAUAAAGGACGAGGAGGUAAACGAUGCGUGCGUGAUCCACAAUUACUCCGAAAUUAAGGACGAAGAUUCGUGCGUGACCCACAAUUACUCCGAAAUUAAGGACGAAGACGUCGGGGACGAUGAAAAUGAAGAGAACAUCGAAGUGAACAGAGAGAAUCAGAAUGGCCACCAGUGUUCCGAAAGAGACGAUGUUGUAAGAUGCGACUGUCAAGAAACCGAAGACCCAAACGAUGACGUUGUGACAUUUUAUGCUGCUGCGGCAGAGCUCACGUUGCCCCCUGCUACGCUCGAAGGCGAUGCUCGUCAACAUUACAACACAACUCAGGGAAACACUAAGAUUUCUCAUGUGUUAUACUCAGCAGCAGAGCUCGAGUAA